ACACGAAUAAAUUUAUUUUAGUUGACUUAAUUUGAUUACUUUAAGAAACAAUCUCCAAUAACUCACCUCGCUCAUUUUUAUUAAUUUUUGUAAUAUUUUUUUUAUGAAAAAAAAGUGCAUUUUAAGAAAUAAGAUAAUUCUUGUGGUGAAAAUGAAAACGUCUUCUAAAAACUAAAAGUAGGAGGGCAAAAUCGACAAUUUUCCUAUCCUCGUGAUUUGAGUGAGUGAGCGACAGUGAGAGUAGAUGUGUGUGUCCGUUAUGUAUGCGCCUAAAACCUUAACGGUAUUACCAAAACACCCCUAUCAUGUAAUUAAAUCACUCGAAUAUAAGGAGGGUGUUUUGGUCUUUUCGCAAUGCCCACUGAACUUCCGUCUCCCGUCUUAAAGCCCUAAACUUUUUGGAGAUUUGGAUAGAAUCCCCGACGCCGCCGCCCGCCGCCGCUCGGCACACAUUGCGCUCGCUUCAACCGGAAUCUCAAGGUAGUUUCUCUAUCAUCACUUGCCAUUUUCGUAAUCAGAGAUGAUAACCUCGUUGGACCUCUCGAGCUUCUUCCAUGCGCGCGCCUUCUCCGGUCGAGCCUUCCCUUCGCCAUUCUCCUCAUGCACUGUGUGUUGUUCGACGGGAAAUUCUUCUACGGUAGUGGUUCCUUCUGCUGUUUCUGGACUGGAAUCGCCUGAGCGCAAAGCUGUUCGGCUUGGUCUCCCGAGCAAGGGGCGUAUGGCUGAUGAAACUCUGAAUCUUCUUAAGAAUUGUCAGCUUUCUGUGAGGCAACUUAAUCCACGACAGUAUAUAGCUGACAUUCCUCAGCUCUCGAACCUGGAGGUGUGGUUUCAGCGACCUAAAGAUAUAGUUCGUAAAAUAAAGUCAGGCGAUUUGGAUCUUGGUAUUGUAGGUUACGACAUUGUUUGUGAAUGUGGUGAGGGGAGCAAUGAUUUAAUUGUGGUUCAUGAGGCACUCGGUUUUGGUGCCUGUCGUCUAUCAAUUGCGAUACCGCAAUAUGGAAUAUUUGAAAAAAUACAUUCCCUAUAUGAGUUAUCAAAAAUGCCUCAAUGGACCAAGGAAAGGCCGCUACGGGUAGAAUCUGGAUUCUCAUAUCUAGGACAAAAGUUCUUUAAGGAAAGAGGUUUCGAGCAUGUCAAGUUCCAACGCUCCGAGGGAGCACUCGAGGCUUAUCCAGCUAUGGGCACAACCGAUGCCAUUUUAGAUCUUGUGAGCAGUGGCACAACACUACGAGAGAACAAUUUGAAAGAAAUCGAAGGUGGAGUUGUCUUAGAAAGUCAAGCUGUGCUUGUUGCAAGCCGGAGAUCUUUGAACAUGCGCAAGGGUGCACUAGAAAUCACCCACGAGAUGCUCGAACGACUUGAGGCACAUUUAAGGGCUAUUGGGGUUGUAACGGUCGUUGCGAAUAUGAGAGGCAACAGCGCAGAGGAAGUGGCAGAGAGAGUUCUUAGCCAACCUUCCUUAUCUGGCUUGCAGGGCCCUACGAUAAGUCCAGUGUUCUGCAAACGUGACGGCAAGGUCGUAGUGGACUUCUUCGCGAUAGUCAUAUGUGUGCCGCAAAAGGAGCUUUACAAAUCUGUUCAGCAACUGCGAUCAGUCGGCGGCAGUGGAGUCUUGGUAUCUGAUCUGACAUACAUUUUUGAGGAAGAAACACCAAGAUGGCGCCGACUCCUCUCAGAGCUCGGAUUAUAAAAUGCUUAGGAUAAAAUGUUGUCAUUUUGAAUUAUUCAAAGUGUGAUUGCGAAUGCCUCCUUUGAAGUAGACAAAGUAAAGUUUUUCCUAAUUAGUCGUGCUCAUAUCGGUUAUCAUGGUUCAUUUGUUUGUAUAUGGGAGGUGAAUAAGAUGUUCUUCUGACGAGUUUGAUAUUCCAUAUAUGAUUCGAUAAAAGUUUAUCUAUGUUUGUUCGAUAAAGUUCAUGAACAAUUUAUGAUUGGGAUAAAGUUUAUAUAUGAUUAUAAAAUGUUUGUUCGAUA